GCACCCUAUGACGCAUUGUCGCGCGAUCAAUAAAAACAAGGCACCGAACGAACCGGGCACAGAAAUCGAAAUGGAGGGAAAACUUAUAUUGUCCGUGUCUGAGUUCCCAGAGCUAUAUCACACAAGCGUACUACCUUUUUGCAUCGUCGCUACUGACCGCGAGCCGAAAUGACAGGAGAGUUUUGAAAACCACGCCUACUCUUUGCGCGGAAGCCCCGCGCGAGCACAGCGCAUUGACGGUUUUUGUUUGCGGAGGCCCGAAAAUGUUUAAAUAAACAAAAUAUGCUGUAUCUUAUUACUGUUACCUUAUAAAUGCUACUUUGUUUAAGAGCAAAAAUAUACUCAAAGUCGUGCGGUUGUACACCUACUGCAAUAAAUCACGGCUGAUUGUCUACAACCGCACUCCUCGUAUAUGUUAUUGCUUAAGUAAAUUAAUCUACAAAUAUAAUAAUUUAUUUUGUUUUACCCAUAUUAAUCUAUUAACCUAUGUUGUAAACUGGAGUAGCUGAUAUUAGUUAGCAACACAAACAUAAAUGCGUUUGCACUGUUCAAGUUCAAUAAACGCUACGAAUGGGUUUUGGUGUUGGAGGAACGAGAAAUGAACCUGUAUGAAUACACACCUAAUGCUAAACCCAUAAACAAAAAGUUUUAAACCCAUAAAUACAUGAAAUAAUAGAAAAAAAAAUAACCGCACUUUCCCUGUACUGUGGAGAGCUAUUGGCAUACAAAUACUUCCUUUUUAAGAUCUGUCGUGGUUCUCGCAAGUUUCUUUUGGUUUACUGCUAUCGCUAACCUUCUUUGGACCCACGGUGGCUUAUUUUAAAACAAAAUAAGAGAAUAUUCACAACACGAUUCGACGACCAUUUUCAUUAAGCACUAGAAGCGGCCUGACUCACACUCACGAGUCUCUCCUUCGUUAAUAAAACGCGCGCGGAGUCACAUGGGUUAUAGCGCGAAAGGGUCACCUGGUCGAGAAUCGAGAAUACGAUCGACAACCCAGGCUUUUUUUUUUAACUGAACAAUAUGGUCGUGAACGGAAUUGUACGAGCUGUGAAACGUUAGAGAACCGAGCUUCGACUAAGUUAACAUUACUGAAGUACAACCCUGCUCGCGUAUUCGGUGUCAGUAAAUCAGAGUGAAAGCGAAAGCAAAUCUCUCGGUGAUCGGAAGCCAUCACUAUGCUUAGUGUCCCUCGGAAGAAAUGGCGGCCAGGUCCUCUGUGCUGGAAGAGGAGCUCACCUGUCCUGUGUGCUACGAAAUCUACAGGGAUCCUGUGGUCCUGAAGUGCAGCCACAGCUUCUGUAAAGUCUGUCUACAGCAGUACUGGGGAGAGAAGGGCUCUCGGGAAUGUCCUGUUUGCAGGAGAAGGGCUUCUAUGGAUGGUCUUCUCCCUAAUCUGGCCCUGAAGAAUACGUGUGAGGCUUUCUUACAGGAUAGAGCUCAGAGAUCUGCAGCAGCUUCUGAAGCUCUCUGCCAUAUACACAAUGAGAACCUCAAGCUCUUCUGUUUGGACGAUCAGACGCCUGUGUGUGUCGUCUGUCAGACCUCAGCGAAACAUGAACAUCACAAACUGCGACCCGUACAGGAAGCUGCAGAAAAACACAAGGAGGAUCUGAAGUCUGCAAUGAAACCUCUGCAGGAGAAGCUGAGAGCUUUGAAUAAAGUACAACAAACCUGGAAUAGAACAGCAGAACACAUCAAGACUCAAGCCCGGCACACAGAGAGACUGAUAAAGGGGGAGUUUGAGAAACUUCACCAGUUCCUAAAGGAUGAAGAGGCAGCCAGGAUAUCUGCACUGAGGGAGGAAGAGGAGCAGAAGAGUCACAUGAUGAUGGAGAAGAUUGAGAAGAUCACAAAUGAGAUAUCAUCCCUCACAGAAACCAUCAGAGCCUUAGAACAGGAGCUGGGAGCUGAAGACGUCUCAUUCCUACUGAAUUAUAAGGAAACACAGAGAAGAGCCCAGUGCCCAGUGCGGGAUCCAGAGGAGAUCUCAGGAGCCCUGAUUAAUGUGGUAAAACACCUGGGCAACCUGAGCUACAGAGUGUGGGAGAAGAUGCUGGAGAAGAAAGAGAUUAAAUACACUCCUGUGAUUCUGGACCCAAACACAGCAGGUGUCCGUCUGACACUGUCUAAAGAUCUGACCGCUGUUACCUGGAGUAAUGAGAUACUGGAAUAUCCUAAUAACUCAGAGAGGUUUACAUGGCCCAGUGUGCUGGGAUCUGAGGGAUUCAGCUCAGGGAAACACUGCUGGGAUGUAGAUGUGGGAGAUGGAGUUACCUGGAGGCUGGGUGUGGUUAGGGAGUCCAUUAAGAGGAAAGGUCAUUUCUCUCUCUUCGCAGAAGGGGACGUAUGGAGUAUAGAGCUGCGCAAUGGCAAAUACCGAGCAAUGACUUCACCAUCUGCCCUUCUUUCUGUGGUGAGGAAACCCCAGAGGAUUAGAGUGCAGCUGGACUGGGACAGGGGAGAGCUGUCACUCUCUGAUCCCAGUAACAACACUCCUCUCUACACUUUCAAGCACACUUUCACCGAGAGGCUGUUUCCAUUCUUUGGUACCUGGGAUUACAGGGUUCCUCUGAAAAUCUGCCCAGCAAAUGUUUAUGUUUCCAUUUGAGCACUAAAAUCAUAACAACAAAUUAAUUCAUUCAUUCAUUCUCCACUGUUUAUCUGGGGUCAGGUCUCUGGGGCAGCAGUCUAAGCAGGGAUGCCCAGACCUCCCUCUCCCCAGCCACCUCCUCCAGCUCCUCCAGGGGCAUACCAAAGCAUUCCCAGGCCGGUGAGUGAAAUACUCUUUCCAGCAUGUCCUUGGUCUGCCCCUGGGUGUCCUGCCAGGUGGACAUGCCCGAAACAUCUUCCCAGGGAGCAUACCUUGAUAGAUGACCGUACUGCCUCAACUGGCUCCUCUCAAUACGGAGAAGCAGCAGCUCUACUCCUCCCCCCUGCUGCAGGUCACAGCCUGAUGAAGCCAACAGGACCAUGUCAUCUGUAAAAAAGCACUGAUGCUUUCCUGGGGUCACGAACCAGACCACCCCCCCGUCCCUUGGCUACACCUAGAAAUUCUGUCCAUAAAUCCUAUGAACAGAAUUGGUGACAAAGGGCAGCUCAAGUAGAGUCCAACACCCACUGGGAAAGAGUCUGAUUUACUGCCAAUAAUGUGAACCAAACUCUUGCUCCAGUUAUACAGGAAGCUAAUGACCCCCUUUGGCCCCGACAAUGGACCCCAAACCCCCUAUUCUGGAGCCCCCCCACAGGACCCCUCCAGGGACACAAUCUUUGUCUCGCAGAAGAAAAUCCGACAAUACAAUUAUAAAAUCAAUCAUCACGCUGCAGCCUUGGGUGCUCUGGUGCCAGCUACACGUUUGGGCACCUUAUGUUUGAACUUAAUGUUAGUUUCGGACAAACUGUGAUUACCACAGAAAUCCUGUAACUGGUCACCGCUUCGGUCCAGAUCGGCCAGGCCAUUCCUCCCAACCACACUCUUCCAUGUGAGUAUUAAAGUCCCCCAGCAGAACAGUAGAGUCUCCAACAGGGGCACCUUCCAGCACCCCUACCAAGGUCUCCAAGAAGAUACUCUGAGCUUGGUGUUCUAUGCAUAAGGACAGACAGCAGCCAGAGCCCAUCCCCCAACUCAGAGUUGAAUAAAGGUGAUUCUCUCGUUCAUCAGGGUGAACUCCAACGUACUGGCACCAAAUCGGGGAGCUAUACGUAGACCAACACCUGCCUAUUGCCUGUCACCAUGGUCAACUCCACAGUGGAAUGGAAUCCAGUCCCUCUCCAGGAGUUUGGUUCCAGAGCCCGAGCCAUGCGUUGAGGUGAGCCCGACUUUAUUAAGUCGGUAUCUCUCUACCUCCCGCAUCAGCUCAGGCUCCUUUCCCACUUGAGAGGUUAUGUUCCAUAUUCCUAAGGCCAGAUUUGGUAGCCAAUGAUCGGUACACUGAGGCCCCUGCCUUCGACUGCCACCUGUUCUACAUAGCACCUGACCCCCAUGGUUCCACCAUGGUAGUGGGCCCACAGGAGGGCAGACCCAUUGUGUCAGGCUAUACUCAGCUGAGCCCCAUGGGUAGACCCAGCUACCAGAUACUCGACAGUGAGCUCCCACAAAAACCUGGGUCCUUCUGUAAAUCUUCCUGUGGGGUCUAUGUGAAUUGCAAUUUGCCUGGCCGCUCACCUAGGACCAGUUUGCCUUGGGAGACCCUAACAGGGGGAAAUUGCCCCCGACAAUAUAGCUGCUAGGAAUACAGAGGCACUCAAACCCCUCCACCACAAGGUCACUAUUUGUGGAGGAGUAUGACCGUUAUUUUCCGUUAAAUUCCAAACCAUAUUUCAUAUUUGUUCAGACAGCAGAUUCAUCUUAAAUAUUUAUACUUCACGAGUCGUAAAUAACUGCGUACAAAUGUUACUGCAGUGCCGGUGCCGUCUCUCUUUAAAAUCGAGUGUAAAUGCCAGUUGGUGUUUCUUACUCUAACAUGCACUGUGACCGGCGCAUUUUUAACAGCAUGUCAUCAUGCGGCAGGUCAUGGCGGUUGCAUCACUUCCUGUACAUCAAAUGACUGACAUGAGCCUGAAUUAAGGAUGACGGCCAAACCCAAACGCUUGUAUAUCCUCCUGAGACCCAAGGAAAAAAGUGUCCUUCAAUUUUAGGUUAUUUGUCUUUGGAGGAAAUAAGACAACUUACAAUUUAGAUUUUUUCAAAUUCAUUUUUAUUUUUAAUUUCACAGC